GUGCUGACUUUAGUCGGCCAGCAGAAGCUCAAGGAACACACUUGUUGGUUCUGCAUCCGCGCCAUAGGUAGCAAUUCGACUGGCGAAGAGGGGCUGUUGAAUGAGCUGAAAUUGGCGCUGCGGACCUCAUCGGCGGAUGCGAUGCAGUCGAUCCGGGAGACGACUUCGGCCACUCUCACCGGACAGCGGUUGGCAGAUGUCGCUUCGGCUGCUGGGCGUGGCCGAAACGCCUUAGAGGUCUUCAAGCAGGCCACCGCGGGAAGCUUCGUCGAGAUGUUUCUGGGACAGCGCUACACCCUGCAGACCGUUGAGGACGCCCGGCACACCGCCUUCCUGGCCUUGUCUGGCUUCACCGCAGUUCUCGUCCUGCUGGUGAACCCUGGGACGAUCGUCUAUGCCCGGAGAUCCAAGGCGACCUACCCGAGCGCAUCGCCCUCCUGUGCCUCAUGGUUUUGCAGCUUUUGCGCCCUGUGUUUCGGGCUGCUCUUUGCCGGAGGCUUGCUUGUAGUGGCAGUACCCAUGUCUGAGUUGUGCCAUUUCUGGCGCUAUGACUUGCUCACACAUGGGGGCAUCUCCGACUACUACCAGCAACUUGGUCUCUACAAUGAAGCAGAUCCAGCACAGAACAUCGACCCCUACGCCACAGAUGUGUUUCGAACUUGCUUCACCGGCAACGGCACGGGGAACAUCAUCGCAGCACUUCAGCUGCAGGAGCCGCUCAGCUUCCAGCAGGUUUUGGAUGAGAAGUUUAUCGAGCUGGAGGAUAAGCAGGCAGCCAUGGUGGUGGACACGGCCCGCUAUGAGCUCCUUGUUUCCCAGGCCCGGCUCUUCGGCGGACUCUUCCUCCUGGAGCCCGAUCAGCCUCUGGCCUUGGACCCCGCUUGGGCAUCCAAGCUCCUGGGCAGCUCUCUGGAUCCUGACGACCAGGUGGGCCCUGACGGGGAGUCGCUGAUCUCUGGCCUCAACACGUAUGCAGCGUCCAUUGCUGGGCCUGGAGAGUAUGCCUUUGAGCACGGUACCUCCGGAGGUGGCAUUCUCAUAACGGCCACGGAGCCAUCUGAGGCAUCUGUUAGCAACCUCCCCAUCCGGACGCAGAACGCCUUGGCCUACGCGCGGCUGAAAGAGCAGAUCCUCUCGGAAGAUCGCCUUCUGAGAUGCGAUGUGAUGGACGGCAAUUACUUCGUCACGGAGCGGUUCUGCACCUACGAUGACUUCAAGGUACACGUCCUCGAUAUGGCCGAGCAGGUGCGGGCAGCCGGGAUGGUGUUGAGCACGCAGGCCAAUGCUGCAAAGGAGCUUCUGGCCACCGACCUCAAAAGCACGUUGCAGAGCAUUCUCAUGGAGGUCCAGCAACUCAGGACUCUUCUCGGCUGCCGUUUCUUGUGGAGGAGAUGGGAAGAGUUCGACUUUACGUUCUGCAACGUGGCGCUGCCAAAUGCCAUUGAGUGCUGCCUGGCCGCACUGGUGCUGGCAGUGGCUGGACUGAUUUU